AUGGGCGACUCCUUCUUCGGCGGCCUUGGAAAGACCGUCAAUGCGCUCAAGGCGUCGGCGAUGCGGUCUGCGGCUCGCGCCGUCAACAACUCUGGCGUUGAGACGUACAAGACGGAGGACUUGGACCUGACCUUCAUUACGCCGAGGAUUGCGGCAAUGAGCGGCAUCUUCACGCGGUUGUCAUCGAGAACAGGCGCAAACAUGAAGGCCGACGUGCUUGCGUUCUUCCAGCGCCACGACGAUGUCAACUUCCGCAUCUUCAACAUUGGCGCACACAAAUACGACGACCUGCCAGAGCUCGAGGUUGAGCAAAAGUACCUUGAGGCCGGCACUCUCAAGUCCCUCCGACGCCUCUUCCGGACGUGCAAGGCCGUGUACACGUUCCUGCGCCAGGACCCAAAGAACAUCGCCGUCAUGCUAUGCGAGGACGGGCUUGCCAACAGCGGCACGGUCAUUGCGUCGCUGUUCUGUGCGUGCCAGUUCAUGCCCAUCACCGAUGAUGCAAUCGACGUCUUCACCCGCAAGCGCACUGUCGGCGUUCGCUCCCUCCUCUCGCAGUCCCAGCGAAGGUAUGUCGGGUACAUCAACUCGCUCGUGACCGGCCACCCGCCCCACGCCCGCGAAAUCAGAAUCAACGCAGUCUCGCUCCGCAGCGUCCCUGCACUCGCCUCAAACCAGAAGGGUGUCCGUCCGUUUGUUGUCGUCCUUGUCGGUCCAAAUCCCGUCUACAACUCGCGACACGAUGCCGAGGGCGGACAGCCAAGCCUCGUUGCCCCGGGCGACGAUGCGGAGAUUGCGCUGAACGUGACGGUGUUGGGCGACGUGCGGCUCCAGAUUUGGCACCACUCGUCGUUCAUGUCAAAGGACAGCUCCAAGCUUGUGUGCCAGCUGCAGUUUCACACGGGUUACGUGACCGGUGACAGAAUAGCCUUCCCAAGCCAUCUGCUUGACGUGGAUGGCAAGCGGAUGCUGGAUCCUGCGUUUGAGGUGACUGUGCACUACGACCAGGGCAAAACACAUGCGGACAGGCUGGCGUGGACCUCUGAGAACCCCAUUGACACAUCCGCACACCGCGCCCUCCUCUUCAACAACGACAACGAACACAAAGAGUUCCUCAGAGACUUUGCGCUGCUGAAGAGCGGGUCGUCGCCGCGGCAGAGGGGCGCCAGCGGCCCGUAUUGCUUCUCAGACGACGACGAUGACGACGACGACGACGCAGCAACGGAUGAUUGGUGGUCAGGAGAGCAGCAGCAGGCCGAGGGCGAGAGUGAGCAAGGAGACGGUGGUGCUGGUGAUGGUGAUGGUGGAAGUGAGGGCGACAAGACCAGUGGUGACGAGCAGCAACAUCAGCAGCAGCAAGAACGACAACAACAACACGGGGUGCAGGAAGAGGAACAACAGCCCGAAGGGCAGCAGCAGCAGCAGCAGCAGCAGCAGAAUGAUGCUGGUGGUGGUGUUGAUAAUGAUGAUGCUGCCAACGAGUGGAGUACGGUAUUCACAUCGACCGAUGAAGUGAAACAAGACCAAGGGGAGGAGGAGGAGCCUGUGGAUGCACACACGUCCGUGAACCUCCUCGACUUUGAGGACGAAGAAGACACGCAACAGCCGACGGCACCACGCCUCGUGUCCCUCGACGACGACAACGACAACGACAACGGUACUGCCGAUGGCAAUGGUGGCAGUGCAGUGCAGUCCCAACCGAACAGUAAUGGACCCACGAAACCAGCCAGCAGCUUCACAACCAGCCAGGCAAACAGCGACCUGCCGUCCAGCGCACAGAGCUCAGGCGAUUUGAUGGGCGAUUUUGCAUCUGCCGGCGUCUCCUCGUCAGCGCUGAAUGACGAGCUCGGGGAUUUGCUGCAGCCAACGCCAUCUGCUCCAACGCAACCACAGCCUCAGCAGCAGCAGCAGCAGCAGCAGCAGCAGCAGCAAGUGAGUGGCGGUGGUGGUGACGAUGACUUCUUUGAUGUGUUCAUGCGAUCAUCAACGACGACAACGACUACCACGACUGCUGAUCCGUUUGCGGGCCUCUACUCAGGUGCACCAUCACAGCAGCAACAACAACAACAGCAGCAGCAGCAGCAGCAGCAGCAGCAGCAGAGGCCGCAGGCAUCAUCAACAUCCAAGCCGACAAGCGCAUCUGCGCCCAAGUCCGCACCAGGCUUUUCUGGUGCACGUCCCAUGUCCAUGCCAAAAGCAGCCAGCAGCAGCGGUGGUGGCGGUGGGGACAUGUUUGGAGACCUGCUCGGUGACCCGCGCUUCAAGAAGACUGGACCGCAGACGUUAGCCGACCUUUCGCGCCAGAGCCGUGCAGCCACCGAGGACCCCAUCGCCCUCGCCAUCGAGGCAUGGAUUGAGGGCCGCGAGAAGAACGUGCGGGCGCUGCUGGCGUCGCUGCCGGAUAUCCUGUGGGAGGAGUCCGGGUGGAAACCAAUUCCAAUCUCAGAUCUGAUGGAACCGAACCGCGUGCGGAAAGCCUACAAGCGUGCUUGCCUUCUGCUGCACCCAGACAAGCACGAGGCCACGCAGUCGCCGCAUCUGCCGCUGGCAAAGGAGAUCUUCAUCCAACUCUCGCAGGCGUUUGAGGCGUUCGAGGAGUCAUCCUUCCCUCAUUCGUUCUUGAACCCAUCCAACAAGAAGGGUGCGAGUGGCCUGCGGGCUGACGGCCGCAACGCCGUUGCCAUGGCAGCGUGCUGUGUUCUUGCCGUCGCCAUGGUGUUGUUACAGGCAUCAACGCAGCUUGCAACAGCACAUGCCGAUGGACAUCUGGGACACUCAGCAGACGACGUGGCGCCACAGGCAACCGCACAGGCACUUCUGUGUGACAAUGUGGACACCACUCUCAAGCACCUCCACUCCACGUUGACGCUGCACGGCAUUCCGUUCGUGCCAUCCACCUCAGCAACCUCGGCAACCUCGGCAACCUCAGCAGCGCACAGCGCGUUCAACCGCACAAACACAACCACGAUGGAUGAUCCUUCAACUGUUUCAAUCAACCUCUCAUCCAUCCAGCGCAUGAUGACCGCGUUUGGCUGCACGCGUGCCUCACAAUCACCAGCUGCAAUUAUGCCAUCUCCCAGCCAACCAUCACAACAGGUGCACGUGAACACCACCACUGAAGAUGCCACACCAUCGUCACCUGCAAUCCACCACGGCCCGCAACAGCUGAGCCGGGCUCGCCGCGAAGACUCGACGGUGCGAGCAGGCUUCUGCACGCUCGCCAGCAUCAUUGAUGGCACAUGCCCGGGACCGAUUGACGUUUUUGGCGACCACCGCCUCACCAUCACCUUCGCUGGCAACGAAGGCAUCGGUGAUGCCACAGAUGCAAGCACACUGCGGCGCAUCUCGGGCACCGUCACCACUCUCACGCUCAAUGGCAACAGCAACGAGCAAUCCCUUGUGUGGGUCCUCAGCAACGGUGACUGGAGUGCCUGCUCCACUGUGGAUGUGCAACGUGCCAAAGUGACACACUUUGAUCUGACCCACUUCAACACGUUUUCUUCCGUGCAGACGCUGCGCAUGCGACACAGCCCCGCCCUUCAAUCGCUCCAAGUCCACAGCUUCGCCAACGCCGGGCAGCUGCGCACCCUCAACUUGCAGAACAACUCGCUCUCGUCCAUCCCGGCAAAGGGGCUCGCAGCCAUGACGUCCCUGCGCCGGCUUGACCUGCGUACAAACCGCCUCGGCUUCGUUCACGAGCAUGACCUGCAGGGCCUGACCUCGCUCCGAGAACUGCUGCUGACUGGAAACCUCAUCUCUGGGCUCGCUGCCGGCGCGCUGGACGAUCUCACGUCGCUUCAGGAGCUGGUUCUUGCUCAAAACGACAUCACCGCGUUUCCUCCCCGCUUGUUCCGCCACCAGACUGCGCUGUCCAAGCUGAGGAUGCCGCAGAACCCGAUUGUGCACCUGGACGCAGACGUCUUCGCCACGCUCACAAACUUGGCUGAUCUCGUGAUUCAGGACACGCUGCUGUCCACCUUGCCUUCGACCAUCUUUGCCAACACCACCCGCAUGACGCACCUCACGCUUGCCGACAGCUUCCUGUCCACGCUGCCGAGCACCGUCUUCGCACAGCUGUCAUCUCUGGUGACCUUGUGGCUGUUUGGUAACCGUCUCACGUCCCUCGACCCCACGCUUCUCCCGAAUCAGCCAUCUCUCAUCGUGCUAUCGAUAGAGCGCAACGACAUCAAGUCCCUGCCCGACGGCCUCCUGCGUGCUUGUGCAAACUUGCGAAUGUUCACGUGCAGUGACAAUCGCUUGACCUCGGUGCCUUCAACGCUGUUUGCGAACAACCCCAGCGUCACCAACGUCAACCUCGCAAACAACGCCCUCGGCUCUGUCAACGACCUGCUUGUCGCGUCGUCGUUGGACCACCUGCAGACCCUCGACUUGUCUGCGAACCACCUCACCCAACUGCAACUUCAGCACUCGCUCGCUGCCCUGACCCAGCUCGUCGUCAGUCAAAAUCCACUGCAGCACGUCCCCAACACGAAGAUGACGCCGGCCUUGCAGGAGCUACGCAUGCAGGGUCACCGCAUCAAACGCCUGGACCUCACCCCGCUGCUCAGCCUGCCCUCCCUCCAAGUGUUGGAGCUUGACGCAGCCCUCGGCGCCCAGAGCCAGGCUGCAUUGGCCGCCAACCUGUCACCUUCCCCAGACCUCCGCACCCUCUCGUUAACAAACAUGGACAUCAGCGGCAUCACGGACGCGCUGCAGCAGCUGCCGCCCCUCGAACUGGAGGAGCUUGGGCUUGGGUGGGCCGGCGCCGAUCCCGACACCGUGUCGCUGUCGUGGAUUUGCGAUAUGCUGGCGCAAAACGUGCGUGCACUCCGCCUCCCUCAUUUCACCUGGGAAAGGGUUGAGCUGUGCAGUGGUCAGAACCUCAACACGGUUGAAUUGCAGGGCAGCCCGCAGCUGCAGACUGUCAUGGCUCAUGGUGCACUGAGGGAGCUCAAUGUGUCCGACUGCUCCAGACUGACGACCAUCGUGGCGCCGUCCAUUGACGUGCUUGACAUCAGCAACACGCGCAUGGACACCAACGCCGUGCUCUGCAGGAGGUGGGGUCGGCGUGUCCUCUUUGCACGCAACCUGGCCACAGACUUUUUCGACUUGCGUCAAGCAGCAACCACCGUGGGCACAUGCCUGCAUGAGGUGGAUGUUCUUGACCUCUCUGACAACCCGUGGCUUGACAGUCCAGCCGUUCUCAAUCAAGUUGUGAGUGCCAAGGUAGCCAUGUCGGACCAGCGCCUUCGAACCGCUGGGCUGAACUUCAUCGAGUCACGGCCGCUUCCCCCGCUGCUGCAGCUCCAGAACACCCCGAUCGACUGUGCGCUCCAGCUCUCCAAUGAAGACCUUCGCCAUGAGUUUGAUGACUCCAAAGUGUCGAAUGAGAUUGUCUACUCCUUCCACUGCACAUGUGUUCGCGGCUUCAAGAUGACGUCGGGUGGGCGGUGUGUGGUGGACAACCCAGAUGUUGCCGGCAUCGCUGCUGGCUCUGUGAUUGGCGGCCUUGCCCUUGGCCUGCUCAUGGCGUGGGUGUCACGCCGCUACCGUGGCCUGACCAAGCGCAUCGGCCUGCAGGAGCAGCUGCUAGUGGAACGAGAUGAAGAGGUGAUGGCGCUGAAGAAGGCGUGGGAGAUUGAGUACGAUGAGCUGAGACUGGUUGAGCGCGUAGCUGCGGGUGCGUUUGGCGUGGUGUUCAAGGCGGAGUGGGACACAGUCACAGUGGCGGUGAAGGUGUUGCAGCAAGCCGUCAUUGCAUUUGACGAGAGCACGGUGCUUGAGUUUGAGAAGGAGGUGGAGUUUCUGCAGCGGACACGGCAUCCGAAUGUGGUGCGGUUCUUUGGCGCGGGCACGGAUCCCAACGGCAGCCCGUUCCUGGUGCUGGAGUUUGUUGCUCUGGGGUCACUGAAAGACUUGUUGGGGAAGGAUAUGGAACAGGUGUUGAGGGAGGUGAGGAACAAGGAUGUUGAGAAAAGCAGUAACGGCGGUGUCGGUGAUGAUGUGAAUAGUGUGUGGGACUUGAAGCUGCGACUGCUUCGUGAUGUUGCAAGUGGCAUGGCCUUCAUCCACAGCCUCGACCAGAUGCACCGAGACCUGAAGAGCGGAAACGUGCUGGUUUCGUCGUCCCUUCGCGCGAAGAUCACGGAUUUCGGAUCCAUUCGCCAGUGCUUCACGCGUGACAGGAGCCAGCACAAGCAGCGCACCCGCCUGUCAUCCACCCAUGAUGUUGAUGAUCCGCAAUACAGCCCGCAAGCUGGACUGCAGACGAUGACGAGCAUGACGCUGACGGCUGGCGUGGGCACGCCGCUGUACAUGGCACCAGAGGCAUUGACGGGCGACAAGUACAGCUUUGAAGCCGACAUCUUCAGCUUUGGGGUGCUGAUGUGGGAGGUCACGACCCAGCGUGUGCCGGACUUGAUUGAGCAGGAGAAGGGGAGCGGGUAUCGGGGCCCGAUCCUCGCCACCAUCAGCAACUUAAUGGCAGAUGGGAAGCGGCUUCGGUUCGAGGAUGGUGAACAAGAUGCCAUCCCCGAGUGGUUCCAGUCACUGACGUUCAAGUGUAUGGCGCAAGACCCGCGUGAGCGCCCGUCGUUUGGAGAACUCAAGGACCACCACUUUGCUUAGCACUGGGUUUGACUGUUUGUUGCGGAGUGCCACAACAAGAGUCCCUUAUCACUACAAGAGCAUCACAAACCUUAAGCUUACAUGGCCUUCGUAGCCAAGCGGGUUGAAUGCUCGCCUCUUUAUUGCCGCUCCGCAACGCUGUCUGCACUUCGUUGUGGGGUUAUUUUUGUUCCACGCAAGCGCUCACCACCAUUGAUUCGUGUUUGAUGAAGAAGCAAGACAGCACGUCCACGCAAUGAGUUAUGUUGCUCUUCCGCUAUGUAAUGAAACUCAC